AUGCAUCUGACGCCCCCAACACUGGCCGCAGUCCUCGUCUCGACCCUCGCCCUCCUCUCCCACCUCACACCCACUGCCGAAGCCCACUCCUGGGCCGAUUGCAUCGACUGGCACUUCAAGAACCCCUCCCACGAAGCCUGGGGCGCCUCCGACGGCGAAUGUAAAGGCUAUGCCCGCCGGUUCCCUGAAGGCUCUGAAUUCGGUGCCCUCGACCAUGCCAACCCCUCCCGACACUACCAACAGAAACUGGAAAUCAAAGGUGAUACCGACUCUGCCUUGCCUUGUUCUGAUCACAAACAUGGCAAAGAUGUGGGAGCGGAUGAGACGAAGGGCGAUCCAGUCGAGAGUGCGUAUGGUGGCAAGUAUGGGCCCAUGACACAUACGCGGGUCGGUGAUACACUGUGUGUGCGUUGGCCGGCCAAGAACCAUGCGGAGGAUAAUGAGGAUGAUGAUAUGAUGGUGUUGAUUAACCUGGCACAGAGGGAGGGCAAGGAUCCGACCCAGAAGGAAUUGACCAAGAGUAAGGUGGCUGAAUUGCCAUACAAGAAUUGUGAUAAGGGCAAGAACCCGGAUCGGAGACCUUGUGGUGGGUGCUUUAAGGUACCCAUGAGGGCGAGUGGAACUUAUUUGUUGCAGUGGAGGUGGAUGUUGAAUGAGGGCGAGUGGUAUACUUCUUGCGCUGACAUCCAAAUCGGCGAUUCGGGCCGCAAGUAA